AUGCCACUUUAUCCUUGGAAUUUAUCAACUACAUAUAGUCCUAUAUCUUGUAAUGAGCAUCGUUUCUGCAAGGGUAAGUGCAAUGCUGACGGCCAGUGCACUUAUAUAGCAGAUUAUGCGACUGGAUCAGUUACGUAUGGCAGUGUUGUUGAAGAAAAGCUCACUAUAGGCUCUGAUACCGGUGGCCUUGAAAGUAUUGAUUUGAAAAUGGGUUGUGGAAUACUCGGCUUAGGAUCAGGAGAAUGGUCUUUUCUAAACCAAUUAGGAGAUGUUGGACAAGGUAAAUUUUCCUACUGCUUGACGACGUAUGACACGAACGUUGAGGGAUCCAAUACGUAUUUAAGGUUUGGUGCAGAUACGACAAUUGGAGGCGCAGGUCAAGAAGUACAUACAACUCCCAUUGUUGUGAAUAAUUUUCUCACACAGAUAUAUUACUUAAAUCUAGAAGAUGUUAGUGUAGGUAACAAAAGAAUAGGAUUUCCUAAAGGGACGUUUGAGAUUAACAAAGAAGGAGGUGGUGGUACUUACAUCGAUUCUGGUACUAUAAUAUCUGUUAUGUAUAAAGAUUAUUUUGAUAGAGUUGCAGAUCUGGUGAAGGCACAUUUUCACAAGCUCGGCAUUAAAAACAUUGGUUCCCAACAAGAUUUUGAUCUGUGCUUCCAAAUACCGGAAGCAUUUCCUAUUGCCGACUUUCCUUCCAUGAUACUUCAUUUUCAGCAUGCCGACUAUGUUAUUCCACAUUACAAAGAUAAUUUUGUGAUGAUAUCUAAUGAAGUUGAUUGUUUAGGCAUCAUCCGUGGAGAUACGAAUUGGGUAGGUUUUGUUUUAGGAGCGAUGCAACAAACUAAUAAACGAAUUUUGUAUAAUAUUAAGGAUCAGUCACUCUCAUUCGCUAUAGAGGAUUGCAAAUCAGGUUCAUCAAGGGACAAUGCGUUCCGUGUAGCUGGGAAUGAUUCAGCCAUUUCGUCUCAAAUUUAA